CGUUGAUAAGAUAGUGCUAUUAUCAAACAACAUUUUUAAAUAAAUAUUGCCAGUUCCCGCCAAACGUCAGUUUAGUGCCAGCUGGCGUAACCGGUUCACGGUGUGUUAAAGAUCUACGAAUUCCAACCUACAGCAAACUAAUGGACGUGGUUGUGAUUGGAUGUGGCGCGUCAGGCGUCGCGGCUUUGCGUCGGUUGCACGACGCUGGCCUGAAGGCGCUAGGUCUAGAAGUGGCAAACAGGAUUGGAGGCAGGAUACAUACCGUUCCAUUUGGAGAAAAUAAUGUAGAUCUUGGUGCUGCUUGGUGUCAUGGUGAGAAAGGCAACAUAGUUUACCAACUUGCAGAACCCCUCGGCCUCCUCGCUAAACCAGAGUCCAGCCACGAGAAUAUAUACGUUUUAUCUAACGGAGAAGUACUGGAGGCAAAGAAAGGAGAUUCCUUGGCGGCAGCAAUCGCUGGAGAAAUAAACAGAGCUGACAAGAAUAAUACGAAGUCUAUUUCUGAAUGUAUAAGGGCAGCGAAAACAACCAACGCAACUCUCAAAAGUGAACCUGAGCUAGCUGGACCAUUCAUUGAAUGGUACGAACAUAGCAACCGUCUCGGAGGUCAGACGGACCCGCGCAAGGGAGCGUCAUUGAAGGGUUUAGAAGAAAACUGGCCGUGCGAGGGAGAGGUGUGGAUCACUUGGAAGGGGAGAGGAUACCAGACUAUCAUAGACGUGUUACUGAACAAAUGCCCAGACCCAUCCAAGGAGGUGCCAGUAGAAAUCCAUUUGAAUAAGGAUGUGGAGAGCAUCAGAUGGUCUUCCCAGACCGGGGUGGACAACGACAAUCCGCUAGUGCAGAUCAAAUGUAAAGAUGGCAGCCUGUAUUCAGCCAAGAGUGUCAUUGUCACGGUGUCCGUAGCGGCUUUGAAGGAGAGGCACCAAACAAUGUUCAACCCGCCACUGCCCGCCGAAAAAGUCAACAGCAUAAAAAACCUCGAAGUUUGUCUUUUGGGCAAAAUUUACAUUGAAUUCGAAAGACCUUGGUACCCAAAGCAUGCUUACCACGCUGUAAUAUGGAGAGAGGAAGAUAAAGCGAAGUUUUCUGAGGACGAAAAAUGGGUCACUGAAAUCUAUGGUUUGAUGACAGUGGCUCACCAGCCUAAUUUAUUGCUCGCAUGGAUUUAUGAUACAGGGGCAGAAAUUAUGGAAAGGGUUAGCUUGGAAGGUGUGGAGGCCGGGAUCAAGAAACUGUUGAAGGUGGUUUUUAAGGACUUUGAUGUCGCACCUGUGAAGAGGAUUUUGAGAACACAAUGGACCUUAAACCCUCUAAUCAGAGGCGCGUACGCAUACCGGAGCGUCGGUACAGAAGAAAAUGGCGGCAGCGCUCAAAUUCUCGGGGAACCCCUGUACAGAAGCAAUGGUUUUCCAGUCGUAUGCUUUGCUGGCGAAGCCACCUCCCAUAGAAGACACAAUGCGGUCCAUGGCGCCGUGGAGGCUGGAUUCAGAGAAGCUGACAGACUCAUCGAAACCUUUAAGAAGUUUAACUACUAAAUUCCGAAGUAUUAAAGGAUAUUUGGCUUGGCUACUGACAGAAUUAAAAGGAGUGGGAAAAUUAUACUUUCGUUUUGUACAGUCUCAGACCUGCUUGCCACUUUUACGGCAAAUUGAUUAUUUUGGUACUCAUGUUUUUCAUGUCUUUAAAGGAAUAUGCGCAUUAAGUCAAUAAAACAUGAAUAAUUGCCUUAUCGAUGUGAUAUAGUCAAGUCCAAAAAAUAUAAAAAAUCCAAUUUAAAUUAGAGCUAUUCUUAUACAAUGCAUAGUUAAGUUUUCUUGAGAAUUCCAGGACACAAUGCUAACCAAAAUAAGAUAAUAAUAUAUAUUCUUUUAUGACUUUGUAUUUUUUAUAUAAAAUUUAUUGCAAUAUACAUAAUUUAUAUUUUAAAAAAAGUGGAGAUUGUAAAAUAAAAAUUCAGCAAGCAUA